AGCGGAUCAACAAAAUUAUAUAUAUUUACACAUUCUCUUCCCGGGGCUAUUGACUCCGGCUGCGGUCUAAAUUACAGGUGGCGCAAUACGCACCCGGUGCACCGAUCAACGAUCUUCAUUCUCCAAUCUUAUCGUGCGCCGUUUAGCCUAAUAAUGGGAGAUUUAUUUAUAUGGCUGUUUUUCUUCCUCAUUGUCAUAGCCAUACUUGCUAUGCUCGUUUUUCAGCUCAUCGCCUUAAUUGAUCUAGAGUUUGACUAUAUCAAUCCUUACCAAACUGCAUCUCGUAUAAACCGAGUUGUUUUACCUGAGUUCACUACACAAGGAGUUCUGUGCUUCCUCUACCUGAUUACAGGGCAUUGGGUUAUAUCGCUUUACUGUGUUCCAUGUCUAUACUACAAUGUCAAGUUGUACACGCAAAGACGGCACUUUAUAGAUGUUACUGAGAUUUUUAAUAUGCUCAGCUGGGAAAAGAAACAGAGGAUUUUCAAGCUUGUGCACACGGCAAUUCUUCUUGUCAUUUCGUUGUUUUGGGUGAUUUAUUCUGCCUUGGAGCUCGAUGAGUUCGAUUUAUAGCUCUAAAUCCCCUCUUUCGACCAAGUAUUUAUUACCAUUUACUGUGGCAAAUCUCCUCUUAGUUGAUUUUUCUUGCUAGUUUUAGGGUUAAACUAAUGAUAGAUUAGUUAUAAUCAUUUGAAGUUUAACUUAACCCUAUUGUGUAUACAGCUUUUGGGUAACAAUAGUUUUUUCAGGAUCUGUAAGUUUGUAUUAAAGUUUUGAUCGGUUAAUAACAUGGUUAUUGCCCUUGUCAGUAUCGGAAGUGAUACUAUAA